AUGCAUGCUGGUCUUUCACCUUCCUCUUAUAGAAGACUGGUUGGUAGAUUAUUAUAUUUGACUUCUACACGGCCUGAUUUGUCCUUUGCCAUUCAACAACUUAAUCAGUUCCUUGACAAGCCUACAUCGGUUCACCAACAAGCUGCUAAUCAUGUUCUUCGAUAUAUAAAGAGUUAUCCUGCUAAUGGUUUAUUUUUUCCAGCUGAAUCAUCUCUUUCUCUCAAAGCUUUCAGUGAUUCCGAUUGGGUUGGAUGUUCUGAUACACGGAAAUCUAUCACAGGUUCCUGUGUUUUCCUUGGCUCUUCCUUGAUCAGUUGGCGUGCCAAGAAGCAAUCCAUUGUCUCUCGUUCUUCAUUUGAGGCUGAAUACCGUGCCCUUGCAUCCACAACAUGUGAAAUUCAAUGGAUUCAUUACUUGCUGUAG